AUGGGUGGUGUUGCCCCUAAAAACAUCAUCACAGACCAGGACUUUGCAAUGAGGAGUGCGAUCGACGAGGUCCUCUUGAACAUAAUACACAGAAAUUGCCAUUGGCAUAUAAUGAAGAAGGCGCAAGAGAAACUUGGAAAACUUAUGACUGAUGAUAAACCACUAAACAAAGCGUUCAAAGACUGUGUCGACAACAGCUUGACUGAGGAAGAGUUUGAAAACAAAUGGUGGGCAAUGAUGGAUGAAUAUGGCCAGAUCGACAACGAACAUUUUCAAUGGUUGUGGGAAAAUAGGAAAUGUUGGGCCCCAGUGUACUACAUGAAGCAUUUCUUUCCAUUCUUGCAGACAACUGCAAGGAGCGAGGGAUUCAAUGCUGUGCUCAAGAAGUACGUGAACCCCAAUAACUCAUUGAUUGAAUUCGCAACUCAAUACACUGCAAUCCAGGAGAAAGUAAUGGUGGCUGUGGCGAAAGAGCAAGUGGACACAAUUUACAAAGAGGCGGACAUGUAUUCAUUGAACCCAAUCGAGUUACAGAUGCGAGGGAUAUACACACAAAAUCUGUUCUCCAAGUUCCAGGUAGAGAUGAAGCUAAAGACUGCUUACGGAUGCGACACUUUGCAAGAUGGAACCUUCAGGAUGUGGUCGCUCCGAGGCAUACUACCAAAGUAUGGGGAUAGGGACUACCAUGUGCACAGGCGAACAAGGAUGAAGGGGUAUACUCAUGCACUUGCUGCAAGUUUGAUCGCGAUGGGCUAUUGUGCGCACACAUACUACGAGUAA